AUGCCACGAAAAAACAGUUUAUCUUUCAGAGCUGUUCAAUUCGACAGUGAGAGCGCGAAAAGCGAGAAUGAGAGUGAAUCAAGCGAAUUGAAAACUUCGAAACUGAGUGAUGAAAGUGCUGAUGAUUUGGGAUUGGAGAGUGAAACGUUUUCAAUAACAACAACAGCGACAACACGAAGUUUUGAUUCAGUGCUCGAAUCUCUAACAAAUCUUCGACUGAAUGCCGGCAAAGAGGCAGUUUAUGGUGACGUUGACUCGAGCUCAUCUUGUAGCGAUGAACUGCCAGCUUCAUCUCCACAAAAGCUUGCUAGCAUUACCGACUCACACGAUGAACAUCAGGAUGAGAGUGAAGAUAGCAAGUUCAAGAACCGUUACGUGAGCAUAUUUUUGCGUUCCUUUCAUCUGUUAGAUCAGUUCUGA